AUGGUAGAGCUUACAAGACAAGAAAGAAGCCAAGCAGCAAUCAAGUCGUGGGCGAAGCGCAGGCAGAAAGCAGCUAUAGGAGAAGCAUCGGUGUCGUGUAUCAAGGAGAAGCCUACAAAGGUGAAAAAGAGUCGACAAGCAACUAAGGUCUUGACGGAACGCAAGCAGAGAGAAGCUAAGGCUCUUGAAAAGGCAGAAGAAUUAGGGGUGGAAAAACGAUACAAUAAGACCGCCUCUCCGCGAGAGUACCACGCUAUGAUCAAUGAAACUAAAGCCAUUGUAGCUGCAUCCGUGGCAGAAGCUGUAGUCGGGUCCCUUCUUACCCAGCGACAACGAGAUCAUCUUUUCGAGGAAAUUCUCGCACGUCAACACCGCGACGAGGAGCUACAAGUCAAGUUUGCAACAGAGCUACAUCUACAAAAACUUGCCAUUGAUACAAGCAACAAUAAGCAACAUCAAAUUUUGAAGUAUGGAUCUAUACAGAACGCAAUGAUACCGGUUGGCCAGGACAACACCCGAUAUAAAGAUGACUUAAGGGAAGAUCAUAACGUGUUUAAUAUGGCUCAGAGGAUGGCCUUUAGCAGUGCGAUGAGCCAAGGGACAUCACCCCAAAAUACUUUUCCUGGGUGUAGAAAUGCUAACGUAGAAUGUAUCCCGCAAAUGCUUCCUGGGUUGAACGAUUCUCCUUCUUUCACAGAACCUGAAGUCAUGAUAAGUGGAGCCUCUGUUCAGUUUAUCGAUGCCAAUCCCUUCUCUAAAAUCACGCAAAAAGAGGCGAUAGAAAAUGAAGGUGCUACAAGGUUGCCACAUGAGCCGUUUUUUGGCGAUGCUGCUUUCGGCAACAUCGAGCGAGAGCCUGUCCAAAUCACAACAACUCACUGGAAAGCACCGGCAUUUAUACCAGAAUGGCACUCCGAGACUACUUGCUUAGGUGCUCAACAACUUCAGUCUCCUACCUUGAGUCCAGAGCUAUAG